UGCGGCCGCGCACGUGUCCCUGCACUGGUGUUUGUUAGCUGUGGAGAUGGCGGAGAUGGAGACUCAGACUGCCGGUGCCCAGGACGGCUUUACUCCGGUCACCCGUAAGGGUGGCCGGCGGGCGAAGAAGCGGCAGGCUGAGCAGCAGUCCUCCGCGGGCGAAGACGAAAGCGCGGGCCGCAUGGACACAGAAGAGGCCCGACCGGCCAAAAGGCCUGUCUUCCCUCCCCUGGCCGGGGACGGAUUCCUGAGUGGGAAAGAAGAAACACGGAAAAUUCCAGUCCCAGCGAAUAGAUACACACCCUUAAAAGAAAACUGGAUGAAGAUAUUUACUCCUAUUGUAGAACAUUUGGGACUUCAAAUACGGUUUAACUUGAAAUCGAGAAAUGUGGAAAUCAGAACUUGUAAGGAAACGAAAGAUAUUAGUUCUUUGACAAAAGCAGCUGAUUUCGUGAAGGCCUUUAUUCUUGGGUUUCAAGUGGAGGAUGCACUUGCCCUCAUCAGACUGGAUGAUCUCUUUCUAGAGACCUUUGAAAUUACAGAUGUUAAGCCCCUCAAAGGAGACCAUUUGUCAAGGGCAAUAGGAAGAAUUGCUGGCAAAGGAGGAAAAACCAAAUUCACCAUAGAGAACGUGACACGGACACGGAUAGUUUUGGCUGAUGUGAAAGUACACAUCCUUGGAUCUUUCCAAAAUAUCAAAAUGGCAAGAACUGCCAUUUGCAAUCUCAUCUUGGGAAAUCCUCCAUCAAAGGUUUAUGGCAAUAUUCGAGCGGUGGCUAGCAGAUCAGCAGAUCGAUUUUGAUUUCACAUCAGAGAUUUUAUCUUCAGACUUCAAGGAAAAAGUCCCAGUGAAGCCAUGGCUAUAGUGGCAGAACAUUAGCUUUAAGCAAAAAAGCUCAGGGACCACGCCCAGGCCCUGAGUUCAAACCUCAGGACUAACAAAAAAAAAGAAAAGGAAAGACAGUGGCCUUACUGUCUGCAUGUGUUCACACAAAACCAUGUAGGGAAUGUUGCAGUCAUCUUUAAGCCUGGGUCCUUUCCUCCAUGCUCAGUCAGAAGCAUAAACAGAAAGGAAAGGUUUAGAAGUAUUUACACUCAACAGCAUACAGAAUAACUGUCAAAAUCUAACAGUUAUGUGUUAAGUAUAACUUUAAAUCACAUGUAUAGGUUUGCACUUUUAAAUCCUCCCAUUUAUAGAAAAUUUCUUGCUUAAAGCUUUCAUAUGGUGAGCUGGGAAUAUGGCCAAGUGGCAAGAGUGCUUGCCUCGUAUACAUGAAGCCCUAGGUUCAAUUCCUCAGCACCAUGUAUACAGGAAAGGCCAGAAGUGGUGCUGUGGCUCAAGUAGCAGAGUGCUAUCCUUGAAAGAAGCCAGGGACAGUGCUCAGGCCCUGAGUCAAGCCCCAGGACUGGCAAAAAUAAAAAAUAAAUCUUUCAUAAGAAUUUUGAAGCUUAUAAAUUUGUGAAGUUAUGCCCUGUAAAUUGUAAUUAAAAAUUAUCUCAGAAAACUAUGAACCAACCAGCA